CAAACUCGCGAAAUUGCAAGUAAAUAGUAACUACGUCGUGACACUUUGGUCAUGUUGAGACGUAAAUAUCUUACUUUUUGUCGCCCAUAUAAUCUAGAAUAGAUCAUGUGUAAUUUUAUGCCAACAUGUUAGGUUUCGCCUCUAUUGCUGAAUAAUCACUCGGUAAACUUUCUAAACGAUAAAGGUAACUAGAAACUGGCCGUGUGUUUGUUGUUCGUUAAAAGUGCGUUAUUUAUAACUAUUAGUACGGUGCGCGGAGGAUCGGGAAGUGAAAUACAAUUAUCUGCCAGUUCAGAUCUGUCGCUCAUUUGAGGAAAGCUCCUGUUCUCCAAAGUGGUGAGAGAAGAACAAAAAGAUGUUGUGUCCACGAUCACUUAUUUUGGAUAGGGUCCUGAAGUCUGCAGUGUCCUUCUCCUGCAGGAAGUAUUCAGUGGGUCAAAUAUCCCAACAAGGGAAGGUUCCUGACAUGGCUGAAGUUCGCAAUAGGCUGAGAGAAAUAGUCGGUGCAUCUACCAACUGGCAAGAUCAUCAGCAAGUGCUGGUCGAGCGUGCAUCACUAAGCCAGUAUCUUGCUCGGAGUCAGGAUCAGCUGCCACCAAAAAGAAUGAAGGACAGUAUGAUAGAGGCGCAUCUUCCUCUGGGUUCCCAGCCUGCCUUGAGAGAGAAAUAUCUUAACUCUCACAACAGUGUCAGGUUUGGUCGGAUUUUGGAGGACUUGGACUGUUUAGGAGUGCUCAUCUGUUACUCUCACACAUGGAAUGAGGAGCUGAAAAGAUCUCCACUGUCUAUUGUCACCGCCCUAGUGGACAAGAUCGAUAUGAGACAAAACAUCAUCUACCCAGACUGUGACAUCAAGUUCACAGGUCACGUGACAUGGGUUGGCAAAACCUCAAUAGAAGCUACAAUGCACAUGUCUCAGUACCAAGAUGGUGCGUACACAGAUGUAUUAGAUGCCACCUUUGUCAUGGUGGCUCGAGAUCCUGAAAAUAAAAGGGCAGCUUUUGUAAACCCACUCAAACCUGAGGGUCCGGAGGAAGAGGCCAUUUUUCAUCAGGGUGAAGUUAACAAGACGAGGCGUGUGGAGCUGAGCACAGCGUCUCUUCUGAAAGUGGCUCCUACAGCUGAGGAGAGGACUCUCAUUCACAACCUGUUCCUCAACACUCUAGACACACGACGUGUGAGUUUUCGUGGUCGUAUUCUACUGCCAAAUUCGGUGUGGAUGGAAGAUGCCAAACUCAAAGGGCUAGAGAUUUGUCACCCAGAGGAAAGAAAUAUCUUUAACCGGAUAUUCGGUGGUUUUCUGAUGAGAAAGGCCUAUGAACUUGGUCGAGCCAAUGCUUGUGUAUUUGCUGGAUGCAGACCAACUGUGGUGGCUGUGGAUGAUAUCUUAUUUCGUAAGCCUGUAGAAAUCGGUUCUUUACUCCUGCUGUCUUCUCAGGUUUGUUACACAGAAGGGAUGUACGUCCAGGUCAGGGUUCAUUCAGAAGUGCUUGAUCCUUUGACCCGGCAGCACAACACCACCAAUGUGUUUCACUUCACUUUCUGUCUUGAAAAGGAUGUCCCAGCUGUUAUCCCACAGAGCUAUGGAGAGUCUAUGCUGUACCUGGAUGGAAAGAGGCACUUUGAUGGGACAAUGAGGAACCACUGCUGAACAUUCUGGGAUGUGCUGAUAGGAUGAAAUGCUGUUUACCUGAUUAAGCUUCACCAACGUUCAUGUGUGUAUAUGUAGAUUUCUGCUUUUAUUUUCAAAAUGUCUUCCCUACAGGUGUUACAGGCAUGCAUUUGAUACAUGCAUUAAGCUUAUACAUUUUCUGAAGCACUUUCAAUGACGUGUUGUGAGAUAUAAAUGUUAAAAACACUGUGGCUAUAGUACUACAAUGUGUGACACAGUAAAACAGCCAUCCACACAA